GCCUGCCUUUUACUUGCUGUAUGUUGCAGAAUUAAGUGGAGAACCUGAUGGCAGAAUUUAAGGUGUCCGAAUUCUGUGAAAGCAACAUCUGAAAUCUUUGUGAUGAUUUCAGGAGCCGGUUUGUUAUAAAUCUUCUUUUAAAACAUCGGAUGCUGACUGUAUUAUUCCUGAAGCUUUCCUUUUCAGAAAGAAGAUGAUUUCUGGGAAACCUCGGUGAAAGAUUGCAACCUGAUCGGGAAUUGACCGGAAAACUUUUGGUGCACGGGAUGACGUUCGACCAACUGAGCCACUCUGGUCAUUUCAGAAAAAUGAGGAUACUUUUUACAGUCAUGGCCUACUGUCAUUUGUUGAAAGCAUUUACUAUCACAGUUCCUAAGGACCUGUAUGUGGUAGAGUAUGGCAGCAAUGUGACAAUGGAAUGCCAAUUUCCAGUAGUAACACAGUUAGACCUGUUUGCAUUAGUUGUCUACUGGGAAAAAGGGCGAAAGAAAGUUAUUCAGUUUGUAAAUGGAGAGGAAGACCCGAAGUUUCAACACAGUAGCUACAGCCAGAGGGCCCAUCUGUUGAAAGACCAGCUCUUUUUGGGAAAGGCUGCACUUCAGAUCACAGAUGUGAAAUUGCAGGAUGCAGGGGUUUACUACUGCUUGAUCAGCUACGGUGGCGCCGACUACAAGCGGAUUACUUUAAAAGUUAAUGCCCCAUACCGUAAAAUCAACCAAAGAAUUUCUGUGGAUCCAGACACCUCUGAACAUGAACUAACAUGUCAGGCUGAGGGUUACCCUGAGGCUGAAGUCACCUGGACAAGCAGUGACCACCGAGUCCUGAAUGGCAAAACCACCAUCACUAGUUCUGACAGAGAUGAGAAACUUCUCAAUGUGACCAGUAUACUUAGAAUCAACACAACAACUAAUGAGAUUUUCUACUGCACUUUUCGGAGAUCAGGUCUUGAGGAAAACAGUACAGCUAAGUUGGUCAUCCCAGAACCACCUAUAGUUCCAGGAAAUCCAAGGACUCACUUGGCAGUUCUGGGAUCUGUCCUGUUGUUCCUUGUAGCCCUGGCAGUGGUCUUCUGUCUACAAAGAGAUGUUACAGUGACAGAUGUGGAAAAAUGUGUCACUCGAGACAGGAACUCAAAGAAACAAAAUGAUACACAGUUGGAGGAGACGUAAUCUGGCAUUGAAACUUCUGAUCUUAACUCAGGGAUUCUCAGCCUGUGGUUCGAGUUUGUCAGGGCUGAGCAUCACCAAAGGUGCUCACUGGGCCAGUGCGCUGCAGACAACGUAGACAGAAGGCUCAAGCACUGAAGCUGGAAGCUGGAAAAGGAGACGAGAACAAGGAACGAUGGAGUUGGAAAGCAUAGCGUGGAAGGAAACCUCAAUGCUUCAAAAUGACUGGGAGACUCAUCAGUGCAUAUGAAAGGGAGAAAGGACACUUCUGUAUGAUGAGCCUCCGUGCAAAUUGUCCAUCACUCAUCCUAAGAAAACAAGUUGAGAUUCCCUGAUUUAAUGGUCAAUUCCUGCAAAAGUGCCCUUUGCCUUCACUGUU